GUUGUCAUCGCGUUCUUUACUUUAGUGUAUUUCACACAGGGCGUACGGGCGUAGUUUUAAAUCUCCACAAUGCGGCUCUAACAACAACCAUUGUUUUUGUUUCUAUACAUUCUUAGGACCGUGUAACGUAUUUUUCUUACAGUAUACCGAAGAAAGACAGUUAAGCGCCUCCGGAAUCUAAGCAGUCUUACAUUUCACACGAAGGCUAGCUCAUAAGCUACUAGCUAACGCCUAACGUUAGCUAUGGAGGAGAGGAAAGAGGAGGGAGAAGCGGAGAUCCAAGAGCACGGCCCCGAGCACUGGUUUUCUAAAUGGGAACGGCAGUGCUUAGCAGAGGCCGAACAGAACGAUCCAAAUGAAGAGGAGACGGAACAAAGUCAACAGAAGCUGUGGCACCUUUUUCAGAACUCCGCCACCGCGGUAGCACAGCUCUAUAAAGAUAGAGUAUGUCAGCAGCAAGGCCUCUCUCUCUGGGUGCCCUUCCAGAAUGCAGCCACAGCUGUCACUAAUCUGUAUAAAGAGAGUAUGGAGGCCCGUCAGCGGAGCUAUGACCUGGGCAUCCACUUAGGCUACCAGCGCAGAAACAAGGAGGUGAUUGCAUGGGUGAAGAAACGCAGAAGAACCAUCAGACGAGAGGACCUCAUUAGCUUCCUGUGUGGCAAAGUUCCACCUCCACGGACAGCUCGCGCUCCACCUAGAGUUGCCAUGGUGUCUGCAAGCCGACCUUCACCUCCAGAGACGGGCAGCUCCGUGGAGACUGAUCUGCAGCCCUUCAGGGAGGCAAUUGCACUGCACGGUCUUAGCGGUGCCAUGGCAAGCAUUUCUGUGCGCUCUGGUCCCCCUGGUUCCCCAACUCAUCCUGCCCAGUCCCUCAGUCGUCGUAGGAACGGUCUUCAUGAUGUGGACCUCAACACGUUCAUUGCUGAGGAGAUGGCACUCCAUCUGGAUUCCACAGCCAAUCGUAAACGAGGCCCUGCCCCCUGUAGUGAUGUCAUCACAGACUCGCCCACUCAUAAACGUAACAGGAUGCUCUGAACUUUUCCUACACCACUAAUCCCUCCUCUGUCCUCUCCUCGGUGGCUGACUGGACAGCUGAUGAGAACUGAUGCCUUGGCCAGCCAUUGAAAUCUUCCUCCUAUUCAUCUUAGUUGCAAUGCUACAAAUAAAGAAAAACUUAACUAUUACCAACCCACAUAGUUCUCCCCUUCUUUAUUUUUCUUCCACCCACCCCUCUCACCCAUUGUCUCACACAUCCAUGUUAGAGAUCUGUCCUUUUUCAGAAUUUUUUCUUUCUUCCUGUUUAUGUUCGGCUGCCCUCAGUAGACCAGAAACCGAAGCAAGCACAUGUCACACUUGAAAUCCUUACAUCGCAGAAUGUUGCAUUUAGACAUUGUUAAUUGGCCGGGCUCCUUUGUGCUUCACAUCCAAUCAGAUGACCUGGGCUGUUGCCUACUGUUUGCUGUUCUCUUCCCCUCAUUCCUCAAACGUACUACUUCCUCCUCCUCCUCCUCUGUGGAGUGCUGGCCAAACCAGACUGGACUGAAACUCGGGCUCCUCGGGAGGCUGAACUGUCUCCCUGCUGUGUGGCUCCACUCAAAACGCUUGUCAGCGUGUGUGUAUCUCAUUCUGCUGCUGCUCUGUGUGUUUGCGUAUCUGACAGCAGAACUGCCACUUACUGUGUUGUACUUGUCUUUGCCUUUGAGAAAGCUGCUACAGUAUCUCUGGUUGUGCAACAGUGAGUGUGUGAGUGUGUGUGUAUGUAUGUAUGUGUAUGAAUGUCUGCGUGUGUGCUUGUGGAUGCAGGGUUCUGGCAUAUCCAGCACCCACUUGACCUAUUUUUUUUCCUGUUUUACUUAAAUUCAUCCUAUUUUUCAUUAGUUGCUCUUUGAAGCCCAAACCAGGGUUUUAUCACAAAGCAGGUCAGUCCACUUUACACAGAUAAUGGUGACUAUCCUCACUGUCAGUUAGCUGACAUUCUGAGUGGUGAGAUGAUAGGAGGUGAAAAAGCAAGACAUGUUUUCAACAACAGUUUUUUCCCCCAUUGUCCUGCAUUGUAUUAAGUUUUUUGUGUUAUGUUUAUGAAACAAAUAUGCACAGUUUCCCUGUUGGCAUCAAAAUACAUUUGACUGAGUACUGGUUCUUGCAUUCUUUGCAUUAAGAGCAGUAACAGUGUUUCAAUGCUUGCAUUUUACCUACUUUUAUGUUUACGUUUGUCCCAUUGAUAAGAACUUCAACUGGUGCGUUGUCAUCAUUUUGUCUCUUGAACUUCAGAAAGAGUUACAACACUUUCACACUUGUGAUUUCAGCUUUAAACUUUGAAAAUUUCAGGGGGCAGUUGCCUGUUAACUAGCAGGGGCCAAUGGCUGUGAUAUUUUAUUUUGUCUAGCCAAUUCACUACUUGGGUGUGAUGGUUCAACAAGGCUUGGGACACUUGUUUUUGCUAGUUUCACACACUGCUUUGUGAUACAAUCUUGUGUAAUGUGUGUAAAUAACAUGUAGGUGCUGUUAUAUGUGGUACAUAUUGUAAAAAGAAGUGCAAAUCCAUCGGGAUGUCCAUGUACAAUAACAAUUCUGACAUUAAAGAAAAUACAAGCGUUUAA